UGGUAAGCUUUAUUACACUUGACAGUCUCCUGCUUUGACUCGAGGCAGCCUCGGAGCAUCAGGAAAAGGGCCCCGAAUGGUUGGAAUAUGCCAGAACAAUGAUCGGUGCCUUUCUCCGCCUCUAGUCCAGCUCAUCUUUUCAGAGUCAGGGUCCCAGUCUGCUUUGCCCCGACUCGAGCUAAGCAUAACAGUAUAUCGUAACGACCUGGUUCAGUAUUAUUAUUAUUUUUUUUGAUUAAGUGUUUCGUAAACCGAAGGGAACGACAUUUUGAACGGCCCAGCCUCAGCACAGCACCGUCGGACUCGGGCGCGCUGACGCUCGAUGACCACAUGACUAAAAGUUUGACUCGCGCUCGCUCUACCCCCUUGUGGCGCUAGCAGUUAGUGGUGGAAAAUGGCGGCUACAUGUAUCUCUCCACACCAACAGUGAAAACAACAAAAAAAGUCCGGCGAAAACCGUGGAUGCAUACUAGGAACCGCCAAGACAAUUACGCACUGUUCUUCCGAUUUUUUUUUCCUUAAAUGAGAAUGUCGCGCUGGGUUCCCACGAAAAAGGAGAAGUAUGGUGUUGCUAUCUAUAACUAUGAUGCGCGCAGUGACGAGGAGCUUUCUCUACAGAUUGGGGACACAGUACACAUACUGGAAACUCAUGAAGGUUGGUACAGGGGACACAGGCUGAGGCGCAAAUCCAAGAAGGGUAUAUUUCCUGCAUGUUAUAUACAUCUAAAAGAGGCCACAGUCGAAGGCAGUGGACCAAAGGAGACGGUCAUCCCUACAGAGCAGCCCCUGGUGCACGAGGUCACCACCACGCUGAGAGAAUGGGCUUCCAUAUGGAGGGACCUGUACGUGGGGGACAAGCGUGAGAUGUUUAAUACCGUUCGUGACAUGAUCUACGACCUCAUUGAGUGGCGAUCUCAGAUUUUGUCCGGAACCCUCCCCCAGGAUGAGCUCUCGGAACUUAAACAGAAAGUCACCUCCAAGAUUGACUACGGGAACAAGGUUCUGGACCUGGACCUGGUGGUGAGGGACAAGGUUGGGAACAUUCUGGACCCAGACCUUACCAGCACCAUCAGCCUGUUCCAAGCCCACGAGACUGCAUCCAGACAGAUCGAAGAGCGGAUCCAGGAGGAGAAGUCACAGAAACAGAACCUUGAUCUGAGCCGCCGGGCCAAAUUCGACUCCACACCUUCCUUUGCCCUGUUUGUGACGCUGAAGAACGUGGUGUGUAAAAUAGGGGAGGAUGCCGAGGUACUAAUGUCUCUCUACGACCCCAGCGAGUCCAAGUUCAUCAGCGAGAACUACCUGGUGCGGUGGUCCAGUUCAGGCUUGGUUAAAGACAUCGAUCAGCUUCACAACCUGCGGGCUGUGUUCACAGACCUGGGCAGUGAGGAUCUGAAAAGGGAAAAGAUCAGUUUCGUCUGUCAGAUCGUCCGCGUAGGACGCAUGGAACUGCGGGACAACAACACUAAGAAGCUAACAUCCGGCCUGAGACGCCCCUUUGGAGUGGCUGUAAUGGAUGUCACUGACAUUGUCACAGGCAAAAUGGACGACGAGGAUAAACAGCACUUCAUCCCCUUUCAGCCGCUUGCGCUGGAUGACGCCAUCCGAAACAGACAGCUGAACAUCUCACGUUUUUCACCCAGGGUGGCAGGGGAGAGCGACUUCCUUCAGAGCGUCAUCAACAAAGUCAUCGCUGCCAAAGAGGUCAAUCACAAGGGCCAGGGACUGUGGGUUACUCUGAAGCUGCUCCCUGGUGACAUCCAUCAGAUCCGCAAGGAUUUCCCCCACCUGGUGGACAGAUCUACUGCUGUGGCACGCAAAAUGGGCUUCCCCGAGAUCAUCAUGCCAGGUGAUGUCCGUAAUGACAUUUACGUCACGCUAGUCCAGGGAGACUUUGAUAAGGGCAACAAGACCACACCCAAGAAUGUGGAAGUUACCAUGUCUGUGUAUGAUGAGGAUGGCAAGCGUCUGGAGAACGUGAUCUUUCCCGGGGCCGGAGACGAGGGGAUUACGGAGUACAAGUCUGUCAUUUACUAUCAGGUCAAACAGCCACGCUGGUUCGAGACCAUCAAGGUUGCGAUACCUAUCGAGGAUGUAAACAGAAGUCACCUUCGCUUCACUUUCAAACAUCGCUCAUCUCAGGACUACAAAGACAAGUCAGAGAAGAUCUUUGCGUUGUCUUUUGUGAAGCUAAUGAGAUAUAAUGGAACUACACUCAGGGACGGAGAACAUGAUCUCAUUGUCUACAAGGCCGAGAUGAAGAAGCUGGAGGACCUCUCGCUGUACCUUAACCUGUCGGCCACCAAGCUGGAGCUGGAGGAGAGGGCUCACUUCACCUCGAGCAAGACCUCGCAGAGCCUGGGGAGUUGCUCCAUCAGCAAGGACUCCUUCCAGAUCUCCACGCUGGUGUGCUCCACCAAGCUCACGCAGAAUGUGGAUCUGCUUGGUCUGCUGAAAUGGCGCUCCAACACCAGCCUACUUCAGCAGAACCUACGCCACCUCAUGAAGGUGGAUGGAGGAGAGGUGGUUAAGUUCUUACAGGAUACUCUGGAUGCCUUAUUCAACAUUAUGAUGGAAAACUCUGACAGUGACACUUUUGACACGCUGGUGUUUGAUGCCUUGGUGUUCAUAAUUGGGCUGAUAGCAGACAGGAAGUUCCAGCAUUUCAACCCCGUUCUGGAAACGUACAUCCGCAAGCACUUCAGUGCCACCCUGGCGUACACGAAACUGACCAAAGUACUGAAGAACUAUGUGGAUCACGCUGAGAAACUGACAGACCAGCUCCUGAAGGCUAUGAAGGCUCUGGAGUACAUCUUCAAAUUCAUCGUCCGAUCCCGAGUCCUCUUCAACCAGCUGUAUGAGAGUAAGGGAGAGGCAGAUUUCAUGGAGUCCCUGAGGAAUCUGUUCACCUCCUUCAGCACUAUGAUGCACAGUGAAGCUGAGAGCACCAGCAUGGUCAAGCUCCUUCUUAAGGGUGCAGCACUGAAAUACGUCCCUACCAUUGUCAAUGAUGUCAAACUGGUGUUCGACCCCAAAGAGCUGAGUAAGCUCUUCACUGAGUUCAUACUGAAGGUACCCACCGGCCGUUUGGUCAAACAGAAGCUCCACUGCAUGAUUGACAUCGUCCACAGCGAUCUGUUCACACAGCAUGACUGCAGAGAGGUCCUGCUUCCACUGAUGACUGACCAGCUGAAGUUCCACCUGGAGCAACAGGAAGAGCUUGAAGCCUGCUGCCAGCUGCUCAGCAACAUACUGGAGGUGCUGUACAGGAGCGACGUGGGUCCUACACAGUGGCAUGUUCAGAUCAUUAUGGAGAAGUUGCUGAGGACUGUGAACCGGACUGUGAUCUCAAUGGGUCGAGACUCUUCCCUGAUAGGCAGUUUUGUAGCGAGCAUGACGGCCACCCUGCGGCAAAUGGAUGAUUAUCACUACACUCACCUGAUCAACACUUUUGGCAAGAUGAGGACAGAUGUGGUGGAUUUUCUAAUGGAAACAUUUAUCAUGUUCAAAGACCUCAUCGGGAAGAAUGUCUAUCCCGCUGACUGGGUCAUCAUGAACAUGAUGCAAAACAAAGUCUUUCUGCGAGCAAUCAAUCAAUACGCAGCCGUGCUGAACAAGAAAUUCCUGGACCAGACCAACUUUGAGCUUCAGCUGUGGAACAACUACUUCCAUCUGGCCGUGGCCUUCCUUACCCAGGAGUCUUUGCAGCUGGAGAACUUCUCAAGUGACAAACGAGCAAAGAUCUUUCACAAGUAUCAGGACAUGAGACGACAGAUAGGCUUCGAGAUCCGGGACAUGUGGUACAACUUGGGUCCACACAAGAUUAAAUUCAUCCCUGAAAUGGUGGGGCCGAUUCUGGAGAUGACGCUGGUGCCAGAGACCGAGCUGCGUAAGGCUACCAUCCCCAUCUUCUUCGACAUGAUGCAGUGCGAGUUCCACUUCACCCGCAGUUUCCAGAGGUUUGAAAACGAGAUCAUCACAAAGCUCGAUCAUGAGGUGGAAGGAGGCCGCGGUGACGAGCAGUACAAGACUCUGUUCCAGAAAAUCCUGUUAGAGCACUGCCGAAAGCAUAAGUACCUGGCGAAGAGUGGUGAGACUUUUGUGAGUCUGGUGGUGCGUUUGCUGGAGAGACUCCUGGACUACAGGACCAUCAUGCAUGAUGAGAAUAAAGAGAACCGCAUGAGCUGUACAGUCAAUGUGCUGAAUUUCUAUAAGGAGAUUGAAAGAGAAGAGAUGUACAUCAGGUACCUGUAUAAGCUGUGUGACCUUCAUAAGGAGUGUGACAACUACACAGAGGCAGCCUAUACUCUACUGCUGCAUGCAAAGCUUCUCAAGUGGUCAGAGGAGGCAUGUGCAGCUCACCUGACUCAGAGGGAUGGUUACCAGGCGACCACUCAAGGCCAGCUCAAGGAUCAGCUCUGCCAGGAGAUCAUUAACUACUUUGACAAGGGCAAGAUGUGGGAAGAGGCCAUUGUCUUGGGGAAGGAGUUGGCGGAGCAAUAUGAGAACGAGAUGUUCGACUUCGAGCAGCUGAGUGCUUUGCUGAGGAAACAAGCGCAGUUCUAUGAGAGCAUAGUGAAGGUGAUCCGACCCAAGCCAGACUACUUUGCUGUGGGUUAUUAUGGGCUUGGAUUCCCCUCCUUCCUCAGGAAUAAGAUGUUUAUCUACCGUGGGAAGGAGUAUGAGCGGAGAGAGGAUUUCGAAGCCAGGCUGCUCACACAGUUCCCCAACGCCGAGAAGAUGAAGACGACCAGCGCCCCCAGCGAGGACCUCCGUCUGUCCUCUGGCCAGUAUAUUCAGUGCUUCACGGUGAAGCCCAUGCUUGAGCUCCCGCCCAAGUUCCAGAACAAGCCGGUGUCUGAGCAGAUUGUCAGCUUCUACACAACUAACGAGGUCAAUAAGUUCCAGUACUCCCGGCCUGUCCGGAAAGGAGAGAAAGAUCCAGACAAUGAAUUUGCUAACAUGUGGAUUGAAAGAACCACGUAUGUAACAGCCUACAAGCUUCCUGGCAUCCUGCGCUGGUUUGAAGUCGUCUCUGUCUCCACGGAGGAAAUCAGCCCUCUGGAGAACGCUAUUGAGACCAUGCAGCUGACCAAUGAGAAGAUCAACAACAUGGUCCAGCGUCAUCUCAAUGACCCCAACCUACCCAUCAACCCCCUCUCCAUGCUCCUCAACGGCAUCGUUGACCCUGCAGUCAUGGGUGGCUUUGCUAAUUAUGAGAAGGCAUUUUUCACAGAGAGGUACAUCCAGGAGCACCCUGAGGACCAGGAGAAGAUCGACAAACUGAAGGACCUGAUUGCAUGGCAGAUCCCAUACCUGGCUGAUGGUGUGCGCAUCCAUGGGGAGAAGGUGACUGAGGCACUGCGACCGUUUCACGAUCGCCUAGAGGCAUGUUUCAGACAGCUGAAGGAGAAGGUGGAAAAGCAGUAUGGCGUUAAAACGUUGCCUCCGCUGACUGAUGAGAGGCGCGGCUCUCGGCCACGGUCCAUGGUGCGUUCCUUCACCAUGCCAUCAUCCCAGAGGCCGCUGUCCAUCGCCUCCGUCACUUCCAUGUCAUCAGACACUUCACCAUCCAGGCCAGGAUCAGACGGCUUCGCCCUGGAGCCUCUCCUGCCAAAGAAGCAGCACUUCAAGUCUCAGGACAAGCUGGACCGCGACGAGCCCGAGAAGGACAGGAAGGAGAAGAAGAAAGAGAAGAGGAACAGCAAGCACCAGGAGAUCUUUGACAAGGAGCUGAAGACCGCCGACGUCCCCGCGCAGCCUGCAGAGGCGGUCAUUCUGUCAGAGACGAUCAGUCCACUGCGGCCCCAGAGGCCAAAGAGUCAGGUGAUGAACAUAAUGGGAGAGAAGAGGCUCUCUGUGUCCCCGGGCCCUGCUGCUUCUCAGACACCUCCAUCCGUCCCUCCGCCCAUCACCCCGAGGGUCAAGCUCUCGUUCAGCACGCUGUCUUCCUCCAAUUUAGAGCUGAAUGGCAUGGGCUAUGGAGACAAGGGUGAGACUCCACCCCCUCUGCCAAUUAAAAGCAGUAUGGGUGACUAUGGAAACCUGAUGGAAAACCCAGAGCUAGGCAGCCCAACCACCCCUCCUCCCCCUCCUCCCCAUCAGCGGCAUCUGCCCCCACCGUUGCCGAGUAAGACCCCCCCACCUCCGCCUCCAAAGACCACGCGUAAGCAGACCUCCAUCGAUUCUGGGAUUGUCCAGUGAGUGUCAUGGUGAAACGGCAGCGUAACGGCAGAUUGACAGCCGACAGAAACUUCAAUGCUUCUCCCCAGAGUCUGGGCUCGGGUGAUUCUAAGUCACUCUCUCUGACAGCAUGACAAAAUGAAGAGUUCAUCUUAGCUCCCUCCUAACCUUCAUACUGACAGAACUGGUCUGUCCAGGGUAUCUAUCUCUCUCUUUCCCUCUCUCUCUCUCUCUCUGUCUUGUGCGCUCCCUUUCACUCAUCGUUAGUAAAAGUCUCCACCCAGGUGUCAGUGCUAGGUUCAAUAUCUGAUCUAUUUCACCCUUCUGCAGGCCUGUAAAAUGAAAUGGUUUUAUAAAGCAUGUGGCUGCCGUAAGCAAAUCAGGCCUUGAUGGACACAGUUCCAGAAUACACAGGUUCUGCCCAAUUUGUCAACCGAGUAUACCAGAAUUUCCUUUCAAUUUUACACCAUUCUGCUGUUCUAGUUGAGAUGUCUAGAUUUAUUGAGUCUUAGCUUUUUGAUUUUUUUCUCUUUUCUUUAUGACCGUAUGUGGCCAGCUCAAACCACUUUCCAAAGCUGAGAGAUAGUUACAUCAUCCUUACUGUUUUCACUUUGCUAUAAGUGAUGACCUUUUUCCUCAAUAUAUAAACAUAUAUAUGUACAGAUGUUUGUAUAUAUGAUUAUUUUCAUUUUUCAUCUUUAUUUGUCUUUUUUUGUAAGUUAAUUUUAUCAUUUUUGUAUUAACAGUGCAUCAAAUUAACUGGCAUUUUUAUCCAAAAAGGGCUGUUUAGCAUCCCCAUUGACAGGGACUGUAUAGUACUUCUGUGUACUUCUGUGGAAGUACCCUUUGUUGAAUAUAUGGGUAUUUUUUUUCCUCUCCUUUUGUUUUGUUUUUGUUUAUUUGGACUGUACACAACUAACUCCCACUGUACUAUCAUUGUAUAGAAUUUGUAAUGCUGUAACCUUGGAUUUCAUCAGCAUUGACUGUUCCAAAUUCACUACUGACUUAAAUAAACUCGAUGUAUACAUUUUUAAACAUGCCUGUCGGGGCUGUGUGGGUGCGCCGGCUCCAGUGUGUGGUAAAUCAGUCCAGGUGUUGCUCUCGCAUGGCCUGGACUCAGAGUGCAGUCGCUAGUUUGACGGUAUUCUCCUUCUCUGCAAACUUGCCCCAGUGACCAGCUGCUUUACCGCUGCUGUCUGCUUAAAUAGGAGAUGCCACGGAUCCCUUACAAUUGCACUUGUAUAUGAAGGGUAGGAAUUUAGAAGUCUGUUCUGAAAUUGUUGUUUUGGUUUCCUCAUCUUAGGAGGGUUUUCAUGAAGAGUCUCAGAAUGUGGGUGGCCAUGUCAGUUCGGCUUGCAUCUUUCCCAUGAUUUGGGAUCCAGGCUUGUGAGACCAACAAUUAACUCAACAAUGCAGAGUUAAUGUUCAUUUUCCAGCAAAAUUACACCAGAGCAACAAAAUUUGUGCCAAAUGAAAAUUAAGCAGUUACUGGAGACAGUUAAGCACAGUUAUCAGAAACACCACACUUAAGCACAAUUAUCUGCAAAACUUUCCAGAAUAAUGUAUAAGGAAUAUUAAUAUAAUAGCGAAAAAACUGGAGUACUAGUUGAAAUUGUAGUUAGUUAGCAUAGUGUCUCCUAUGUGUAGAAUGUUGCCGUUCAGGGUGAACACAGGGAGGAAGCCUGCUUUCAGAUAACUUACUUUUCUGGUUUGAUGUUUUGUUUGGAAAAUGGGCUGAAGUGUUUUCAGACUGCAGCAAAUGGGGGGGGGGGGGUGUUAAUGUUAUUACUGGACUGAAGAACCAUAAUCUGUUGUGUGGAGACAAAAGCAUUAUUUAUUCACGCCCUCCCUCCCCUAUGUGCGCUCAAGUACACUGAAUUUCAAAUGAAACAGUAAGGUUAAAGUGCAGAGCCUAAUUUUGAGGGUAUUCACAUUUCUACUGAGAGAACAAUACAUAAAUCCCAGCUUUUUUCAUGCAUAGUUCCCUGGUUUUAGAGGACCAAGUGUGAAGAGCUCAUUCAUUAAAACAAAUAAAAAUUAAAACUAAAAAAAAAAACAGGCUUCUCUUAAUAAGCAUCAAUCAUCAACCUAAUGAUGUCACACCACAAUUACAAUAACUUACAGCUUAAUGGAUUUUUAGUGCGAGUGUGUGAGGCAUUUGUCUCCAAGUCUGGGGGGCCUUUUGUGAUCAUGUCUUCACUGGGCAGCGUCAUAGCGCACCAUAAAAUAGCGUACAAGCUCUCCAGAGACACAGAUAUUCAAACAGGAGGGCCUGCGCACACGAAAUCUUCUAAAUUUGAAGAUCAUAAAUGUAAUUUAUUCAUUCCAAUGGUUAUUAAAAACAUUUAAAGUUCA